AUCGCCCAAGCUCGCCUCGCCAACGGUCGUACGUCACGUCUUCUUCUCCCUUCCCUUUCCGUUCUCUCUUCCUUCGCCGUCUCUUCUUCUCCUUCGCCGUCUCUGUUUUGCAGUACAAUCUCUCUCACCCAACAACCAUUCGUAGUACAAUACCUCUCUCCCUUAAAGUCCCCAACUCGAGGGCUACCAAGAUGCAUUCAGCUGCAUCUUCAAGUCGUUCUCAUGAGCCCCUUCCGCUUCUUCGUCUUCGUCUUUGCCGUCGCCGGCGUCCUACUCUCCGCCGAGGUCGCUUCCGGCCAUGGAGGAUCGCACGAUGAUGACACCGGAGGGGGUGAAGGAGAGCCUGCCCCGGACCUGAGGUCUAAGGGGUUGAUCGUGGUCAAGGUCCUGUGCCUCAUCAUCGUCUUUGCGGCGACGUUCCUCGGGGGCAUCUCCCCUUAUUUCUGCAAGUGGGACGAGGGCUUCCUCCUGGUGGGGACGCAGUUCGCCGGCGGCGUGUUCCUCGGCACGGCGAUGAUACACUUCCUGUCCGACUCCAACGAGACGUUUGAGGACCUCACCAGCAAAAGCUACCCCUUCGCCUUCAUGCUUGCCUGCGCCGGCUACCUCCUUACUAUGCUCGCCGACUGCGUGAUCCUCUCUGUUUACGAGAAGCGGGCCACCGGCUGCGGUGGAGACGUCGAGAAGGAGAGCAAAGGGGCUGCUGCAGAACUGAAAGAUGGGCGUGGGCAAGAACAAUCAACGAUCCAGAUGAAUAACAGUAUGGGAGGGCAAUUUUUAAGAUCAACGGCGGCCUUAACCAGUGCUACUUCCCUGGGCGAUAGCAUCAUAUUGAUUGUUGCCCUUUGUUUUCAUUCAGUAUUUGAAGGAAUUGCAAUUGGGGUUGCAGAAAACAAAGCUGGUGCUUGGAAAGCACUAUGGACAAUCUCCUUGCACAAGGUGUUUGCUGCUAUUGCGAUGGGUAUAGCAUUGCUGCGCAUGAUUCCAGAUCGCCCCUUCUUGUCUUGUGCUGCUUAUGCCUUUGCUUUCGCCAUCUCCAGUCCAAUAGGGGUCGCCAUUGGAAUUAUAAUAGAUGCUACAACACAAGGCCCAGUCGCAGACUGGAUAUAUGCCAUCUCCAUGGGUUUGGCUUGUGGGGUAUUUGUAUAUGUAUCGAUAAACCAUCUGCUUGCUAAGGGGUUUGUACCACAGAGGCCGACUCCACUCAAUUCUCCAUUCAACAAAUUCCUGGCCGUACUCCUGGGGGUUGGUGUUAUUGCUGUUGUAAUGAUCUGGGACACAUGAUUGCAGAGCUGCAGUUCACGAUAGAUUCAACUGACCCCUGGCAUGCCACAUAAGGUACCGAACAAGCAACGGCCAGGAGCUUCAUAUAGUUCUUUCGAGUGUAGUUUUGCCUUUAUAAGUGCAUACAUCCAAGUAAAUUUGGUAAUUUUAGAUUAA